AUGGCUGCCGUUCUUGAAUCUUCAGUGCUGUUCCAAAGCCCUGGUGAUUCGGCGAAAGAUUGCGAAAUUGAGAAAUUGAAAUCAACUUUGAAAAAUGUUACUGAAAAAUACAACCACCACGUAUACAACAACAUUGAAAAUUCCACUCUUAUUAAAAAAUUGAAUGAGCUGUUGAAGCAAGAAAAACUUGAAGUUACGAAGUUGCAAGAAGAAAAUGAUCGAUUCAAACAGACUAUUACCAGCUUACAAUCUUUAGCAAAUGAAUUAGCCAAUGGGGUGAAGAUCCUUAAAGAAAAAAAAUUAUCACAAGAAAAAUUGGAACUUCAACACUCCGCUGAUAAUGCAUUGUUGAAAUCAGAGCACAAUAAACAAAUAGAAUUGCUCAAGAAGAAACAUGCCCAGGAAAUCGAAGGUUUGAAAAGAUCCAAUAAAGUUUUGAAGGAUUUAGUACAACAGCAACAGCAUACUAAUAGUCAGCCAAAUAAAAGUACCAUCAAUACAAUUCAAGAAGAGAGCAAAACUACAGCAAUUACAAACGCACCAAAAGAGUUAUCAAAUAUGAAAUCUGCCAAACAAAAUAAAUUUAAACAUCAUAGAAAAAGUAGAAGUUUUGGCAUUGGUGAAACCAUGAACUUUAACUUCCAAUUCAAGCAGCAAGGCCGCACACAUAGCCCAAUUUCAAGCAAUUUCUUCAAAAAUAAUAAUGUUACUUCCACCCAAAGUAACAAAAUAUCACCUUUGACUAUCUCAACUUUCAAGAAGCCUAAUAAUAUCAGCCCAUGCUCAGAUAACAGUUCUGACAAUGAUAGUGAUUAUUCAUCCCUUUCUUUGAACUCCAGUAAUUCUGCAAAAUCUGACGCGACUUCCAUGUCCGAAGCUAGCGGUGCCAAUUUUAAAGGUGGUAAUGAUACAUCCGGACCCUCUAAUCUUCUGAAGCCGAGUGCCAACUUCUUCCGUGAAUUCCAAAAGCCAUUGUCACCACUCAAGGCCAAAUUUGGCAAACAAACAAACUCCCAAGGAAAUUUGAAAAUAAAUUCCACCGAACCUCUUAAUAUCUCCAGGCCUCAGAUGGAAAGCCCAAUUAGCGAAAGCAAGAUGAACCGGUUUUUUGGAACUUCUAAUAUUUCGUUAGUCAACAUGAGCAGACCGAUAAGAUCCAAAGGAGCCAAGGGAGUAAUGAAAAAAUCAAAGAAAACCGAUUCAGACUUAUUUGAAAUGGUCACCAAGCCUCAAGUUAAACCAAAGCAGAUUAUUAUCGAAAACAAUGAAACUGAAGUGCCGGAAUCAAUGUCUAUUAACCAACCGAUCACAACUCCGGAUUCUGAACUUUACGAGUCCGAUAAGAAUGAUGAUAUCUCCAUAGAGGAUUUGGAAAGUUUUACUGCUGAAAUUUGCGAUGCCACAACAGUUGGCUAUUCUUCUCUUGAUCCAACAUAUGUUAUCAGCAACUCAAAGACAAAAUAUGGCGGAUCAAUUGAUGAUCUUAAUUCAACAAAAUCUUUUGGUUCUGGGAAUAACGAAUUUGAGUCACCAAGGCUUAUCAAUAAGCCUUCUUUUGGUGGAGAAUCUAGCAGCAACUCCAGCAGCAACUUUUCAUCUCCCAGAAAACAAAUUGCUCACAACUUCAGUAACAAUGGUUCUUAUAAUUUCCAACAGAGCUCUUAUACCAUCCAAAGAAAAAAUUCUAACUUUUCCGCUUCACCUCCAAAUUACAAUAAUCAGGAUGACAUCUUUGGAUUGUAUCCUACUAGAUCAAGAAAUGGAUCUUGCGACAACUUCACUGAAUCGUUGAAGUUAACGGUUUCUAACACCAGCAACUUCGAAAGCAAUAUCAACAAUAAAAACAAAGCAUUUAUGGGAUUUGAAAAGCCUGUUGCUACAGGACUCUUUGGUAGAAGAAAACGGUCAAAUAGCAACUCUAGCAGCUCAAAUUUAAGAUCAUUUUUUUAG